GACUGAGAAGCAGAAGUGCCACAAACGUUGUUCUACACUCAGUCUCAUUUUCAGCGAUGGCGAUGUCUAUUCUCAAGCUAAGAAAUUCACCGGCUCUGAGAUCGGCCGCAAAUAGUGUCCGGAUCGGGGUUUCAUCGAGGGGUUUCUCAAAGCUCUCGGAGGGCACAGACAUAACAUCGGCGGCGCCUGGCGUUUCGCUCCAGAAAGCUCGCAGCUGGGACGAAGGCGUUUCCUCCAAAUUCUCCACCACACCAUUGACAGAUAUCUUCAAGGGGAAGAAAGUCGUCAUCUUUGGUCUCCCUGGGGCUUACACGGGAGUUUGUUCACAGCAGCAUGUGCCAAGCUACAAGAGCCAGAUUGAUAAGUUCAAGGCCAAAGGCAUUGAUUCCGUCAUCUGUGUCUCUGUUAAUGAUCCAUAUGCCAUAAAUGGCUGGGCAGAGAAGCUUGAUGCCAAAGAUGCAAUUGAGUUUUACGGAGAUUUUGAUGGGAAAUUCCAUAAAAGCUUGGGGCUGGAUAAGGAUCUCUCUGCUGCAUUGCUCGGGCCUCGGUCUGAGAGAUGGUCGGCUUAUGUAGAAGACGGUAAGGUUAAGGCAGUCAACGUGGAAGAAGCACCGUCUGACUUCAAGGUGUCGGGGGCAGAAGUCAUUUUAGGACAGAUCUAACAAAGUGUUUCGAGAAGUUGUUCUUGCGUCUGUUGUUUCCUCUAAGUUGCAACUGAAAAUAAGUUUGAUCCGAACAUUUUCAAAGGAUCACACCGAAGUAACAACUUACUUUUUUUCUUUUUCUUUUGUUUUUUUCUCUUCCAUGUUUUCAGGUUCAAUAACAGUGAAAAUAAAAAAAAAUUCUCUCUGUUCCAUGUUUUCAGUUUCACUAAAAAUUAUUUGUUU